AUGGAAAACGAACCGACAACCCCAACCCAAACCCCUAGACCUACGAGAGAGUCUAUAAACGCCCUAAAUGCCAGUCCGCAACCUAUAGAAAGGCGCAAGAGAAAUAUAGAUGUAGUAGGCAACUCUCCAAUCCAGUAUACUCGACGCCCUACCGACACCCGACGAACCCGAUUCCGACCAGGCUUUACCACAGCAAAAGAAGCUCUAAGCGGAGCCCUCGACUGCCUACUGCAAGCAGAUAAUCUAGAAGAAGACGAGGAAGAAACUCGACGGAUCCUAGACCUUACAACUAUCUUCCGUGAAUACACCGAGACCGGCCUCCUCUCGAAGACCAAAUCCAUCCUCUCGACGCAAAUUAACUCCCUAGAGAACUCUACUAGGGCUCUAGCCAACCAGGCCAAGAGACUCAGCAACACGAACUCUAUACGCUUACAACCUCCCCAACCUACCCAGCCCACUUCAACCGCUCCAACCGCCCCCUCACCUCUAGAGCAGCCUCGCCAACCGAGCUUCGCGGAAAUAGCUGGAAAGAGUAUUGAGAAAUGGACCACGGUUACUCGCAAGAAUACGGCAAAAUCCUUAGCCGUUACAGAUAAACCAAAGGUUAUCAAACAAGCCUCGUUCCGCCUAGACGCAAACCCAGCUACGCAGUCGCAGCUCUCAAACCUAUCGUCCUUUUCGCUAAGACAGGCUCUCAACAAGGCCUUCCAGUUUAAGUUUCCGAAGCUAAAGACUGUAAUCGCUGCCGCAACGAUCUCUCCUCGGGGAAAUCUCAUCCUCACAGCAUUUGACGGCCUCUCUGCGAAAUUCCUAGUAGACAAUAAAGCAGUUAUUGACUCGGUUCUUCCUAUUACAACGGCCGUUAAGAACCGCAGCUGGUUUAAGAUAGCCGUACACGGAGUCCCAACCGCUGACAUCCUAAACGAAUCUCGAGAAUCUUUCGCAGAGCUCGUUCGGGACGAAGUAAAGACCUUUAAUAAAGGUCUUAAUCCCGUCGGUAACCCGUACUGGCUAACCUCCGAAGAAAAACGGCAGACAGCUAAGGCCGGCUCUAUAACCCUCGCCUUCGAAUCAGAACGGGAAGCCUUAAAAGCUAUAUCAGGACGUCUCUACCUCUUCGGAGUUAGCUGCGCUGCGGAAAAGCUAAGAGGCCCCCGGAAGGCCUCUCCCCCUCGAAAAUAG